CACGCUAAUCCACAAAAAGUCUCGAGUUCGCGCCCACCAUAUAAAGCAGAACAGAGACUUUCCAUGGCGUUACGUAGUCGUACCUCUUCUUCUUCUCCUUCAGUCUAUCCGCAAAAUUACAGAGAACAAUACUCAGUCAAACUCUCUCUCUCUCAGAGAAUUCAUAAAACGCGUGGUCGUCCCUCCCCUCGCAAACCGUUCAACCCCAGAAGAAGCUUCAAGCUCAGAGACCUUCACCCAAAAGUCUUCCAUGGAUGCUUCCUCCUCAUCUUCUUCUUCUUCUCCUCUUACGUCUCAAUAUCGUUCUUCCAAUUAAUUUAAAUACCAACAAGAACGACCGGACGAAAUCCGAUUUUUCCACCCUAGUUCCUACGAAUAAGAACCAUCAAACAAGCAGAGUCCCAUUUACAUACGACGCAUACUCUGUUUUACCCCCCGCAUCAGGAAAAAAAACCCAGAGCAAUCACGAUCCGUUUUCAUGGAUUUCUUCACCAAAACGACGGGGGUCAAGCUCCGGAGCCACCUCGACAAGUACCUCGCCCCCGGCGCCGCUGAAGGCGAGCCCGUUAGGCAGAUCCGCGGCAGCGGGCACUCGCGGUCCUUGACGUGGGCGGUCGAGCGGGUGGAGGGGAAGAGCCAUCUCGUCCGGCUCCGGAGCUGCCAGGGCGGGUACCUGGCCGCCACCGACGAUUCGUUCCUGCUGGGGAUGACGGGGAACAAGGUGGUGGUUGUGUCGCCGACGGGGGAGGGCGAGCUCGACCAGUGGAACACGGAGUGGGAGCCGAUCAGGGACGGGUUUCAGGUGAGGCUGAAGUCGUGGUGCGGGAAGUACCUGAGGGCCAACGGCGGGACGCCGCCGUGGAGGAACAGCGUGACGCACGACGAGCCGUACACGGGAAGCACGAGGAAGUGGAUACUGUGGGACGUGGAGGCGGUAGAGGCGGAGGCCGCCGUGCGAGGGGCGUUGGGGAAGUAUCUGGCGUCCCUGUCGAGCUUGUCGUCGGUGGCGGAGGACGCGCUGAGCGUCUUUGGGUCGGAUAGCGGAGGAUCGCCCAGAGAGUCCAACCUAUCGAAUUUGUCCUUCGAGCAAGAUCAGUUCUCAAACCACAGCUCCAACAAGCUCCGCUCAGGAAUGGACUUCUUCCGCAAGGCCAAGGCGGUCCGCCUCCGGAGCCACCACCACAAAUUCCUCCACGCUGACGAGGAUGAAGAGUCUGUCACGCAAGACCGAAAAGGAUCCUCCAAGAACGCCAAGUGGACCGUCGAGGUCGUGAGCUCUAACAACGACGAAAACAGCUGCCUUUAUGUCAGGCUCAAGGGCUGCUAUGGACGCUACCUCACCGCGUCCAACAAGCCCUUGCUGCUCGGCGGCAUCUCCGGCUGCAAGGUCCUGCAGACGCUGCCCAGGCGGCUCGACUCAUCAGUUGAGUGGGAGCCAAUCCGAGAGGGGAGCCAGGUCAAACUCCGGACGCGGUACGGGAAUUUCCUGAGGGCUAAUAAGGGUUUCCCACCGUUGAAGGACUCCGUGACGCACGGUAUCCCCCACAGGACCACGACCCAGGAUUGGAUACUCUGGGACGUUGACAUAGUAGAGAUCGAGGUUGAUUCUCCAAGCGCUAGCGAUCAGCUAGGGCGAGCGCAGCCUAUUGACCAUGAUGCGGAUUUAUCGAUGGUGUCUGAGAACAGCUUCUCUUCAGUUUCAGAGAUUUCUGGGAACCUUUCCAGGCAGGAGUCGAGCGAUUCAUUAGUGGCUUCGCUGCUUCCGCUACCUGUGUCGCCACCCCCAAAUCGUGUGACAGAAGGCAGGAUCAUAUACUACCACAUAGCCGACGAGAAUGGCGAAGUGGUGGGCGAGGACAUGGAAGGCUACUGCCUCAAUAAUUUCAAGGGGAAUACUGUGGAGGAACUGAGUCGUAAACUGUCGGAAGAGACUGGAAUCGACAGCCUUGUUGUGUGUUCUCGCAAUCCAUUGAAUGGGAAGCUCUUCCCUCUUCGCUUACGCCUUCCUCCUAACAUCAUCAUGCACGUCGUUGUAGUCCCAUCAUUCUCAUCAGCGGCCUCAGACUUCACAAAUCAAGCAAUCCUAUAGCAUGCAUCGAGGUGGGCAUCUCAGUUUUGAUAGGCACAAACUCGGUUAAGCAUUGUAUAUUCUGAUCCAGCCUUAGGUUCCUGGUUAUCCUCAUGCUCAUGUAGCAAGUGGUUUUCAAGUUAUCUGGAGCUCAAUUUAGGUAUUUAAUCUAUUUUUUGGCUCUUCAGCAUUUACGAGUCUUCCAAUUGAUCAUCCGCAAGUGGGAGAUGUAUAAUCAUGCGGCUCAUAUUCAUUGUUUCUUCCACCAUCUCCCUAUUAGUUUG